GUUGGUUUGGGAUGGGGAGGGAGGGAGAUUGUGGGUGACGGGAGGGUCCUUAGGGUUGUGGGAUUUGGGUGUGUGGUGGUAGGCUUACUUGAAGGAGGCGGAGGAGGGGUUGGCUUAGAAGAAGGAGGCGAGAUUGAAGUAGGCUUGUUUGAAGGUGAUGGAGGUGUAGGUAGCUGAGUUGAGUUGAAAGAAGGGAUGGAGAAUGUUGGGAUUGGCCGACUUGUAGGCCUGAAAGAAGGGAUUGAGAAAGUUGGUACUUGUCGCGUCGUGGGCUUGAAUGACGGUAUCGAGAAGUUCAGCGAAGGGAUUGGUGGAGCAGCAAAACUUGCCGACCUGGAAGUGGGAAUUGAGAAAGAUGAAAUGGGUGGGCUUGUAGGGCUGAACGACGGGAUAGAAAAGUUCCGCGAAGGAGCAGUGAAACUUGUUGACCGGAAUGUAGGGAUUGAGAAUGUCGGGGUCGGUCGACUUGUGAGCCCGAAUGAUGGAACAGAGAAGUUCAGCGAAGGGAUUGGAGGAAUAUCUAAACUUGUCGCCUUAAACGUAGGGAUUGAGAAGGUCGGAACUGGUCGAAGUGUAGGCUUAAAAGAUGGAAUGGAAAGGUUGAGGGAAGGAAUGGGCAGUAGUGGCGGGGUUGGCUUGACCGAAGGGAUAGAACCCGUAGACAAUAGGACAGACGGACGAAUCGACGACACAGAAGCUGGAAGUGAUAAGUUCACUGUAGGAAACGGGGCAGACACCGACGGUAGAGCUAGCAAGGUCGAAGAUCCAGCCGAUGGAAACCUAGUUGGAAUAGACAGGACAAUUGGCCGUGACACGUUCGAGGGCAGGAUAGGUAACGGGAUCGAAGGCAGUACCGCCGUAGAAAGAGGAAGUGAAGGUCGUAAGGAAGGGACCGAGACGUUUAGGGUAGGGAAAGGCACUGAUACUGACGGCAGCCGUACCGACGUCGAGAGCCCAGCUGAGGGCGAUAGAGAUGGCGUUGCGAUAGACGUCGAUACAUUUACCAUUGGAAGUGCAACGGAUCGGGAGGCUAAAGUAAUUGAUACGUUUAGCGACGGAACCAGAAUUGACGCAGACGUAGAAAGCCCGGGAAAUGCUGAAGACGGAUCCAUGAUGGUAAUGGUGACGGUAGGUUCAGGGAUUAUGGAUGGCUUUGACAAUGAAGAUACGGAUGGAAGCGAAACGGGGACAGAAAGUCCAAGAGACGGUGAACGGAAAGACACGGCAGGAAUGCCCAGGGUUUGGCCUCCUGGUCCUAUCGGAAAUCUGGCAGAGAAGGACAGUGCCGCCAAUGGGUUGGGUGGGAGACCACCAGAAGGCUGGGGAAUGCCAGAGGGGAGUGCACACGUUGUAUCCGCCCCCUCCGUAAUGCUAAAGAGACCGAGAGCAAAGAUAGACGCCGCGAGAAGCAUGGUGGAUUCACCAGACUGA